UUGAUUCAGAAGCCCCUAAAGACGUGGGUAGUUAGCAAUAAAAUAUGUAAGCAGGUGUUGUCAUUUUUCUCUUACAGCUGUUUGCAGACAAAGUUCCAAAGACAGCAGAAAACUUUCGUGCUCUGAGCACUGGGGAGAAAGGAUUUGGUUAUAAAGGUUCCUGCUUUCACAGAAUUAUUCCAGGAUUUAUGUGCCAGGGUGGUGACUUCACACGCCACAAUGGCACAGGCGGCAAGUCCAUCUAUGGGGAAAAAUUUGAAGAUGAGAAUUUCGUCCUGAAGCAUACGGGACCUGGCAUCUUGUCCAUGGCAAAUGCAGGACCUAACACAAACGGCUCCCAGUUUUUCAUCUGCACUGCCAAGACAGACUGGUUGGAUGGCAAGCAUGUGGUCUUCGGCCAGGUGAAAGAAGGCAUGGAUAUUGUGAAGACCAUCGAGGGCUUGGGGUCCAAGAAUGGCAAGCCCAGCAAGAAGGUCACCAUUGCUGACUGUGGACAACUCUAAUCAAUUUGACUUGUGUUUUAUCUUAACUACCAGACCAUUCCUUCUGUAGCUCAGGAGAGCACCCCUUCACCCCCAUCUGCUUGGAAUGUUCUGUAAUCUCUCCGCAGUUCAUUGGGUUCCAUAUUUUCCUUACCCCUUCUCCAAGUCUAGCUGGAUUGCAGAGUUAAGUUUAUGAUUAUGAAAUAAAAGCUAAACAAUUGUCUGUC